CCCACUCGCGCGCACUCUUAUGUAGCCAAGGCGUUUAGACAUUUAACACUCAUAUCUUCAUUAGCGAUCUUCAACAUCACCAUCCUCAUCAGCCCUGGAAGACGUCGAGUCGUUUUGGACCCUAAAGUCAUGGAUGUAUGGUUCUGUUCAGCGGUUCCAGUGUUUACCUGGAGGCUUCUCUUUCUUUCAAGCAUCUUCCAGGGUUAUUGGAGCUCCAUGCUCGAUUGUCCACUAACAUGCAGCUGUUCGCCCAUUGAGAUCUAUUGCAAUAAGUCCGACAGUGGAAAUUUCUUCCCUUUACUUGCUCUACAAGAUCCGGCGAGCAAUGGCAGUAACAAUAAUGACAUUGAAGAGCUCUUCAGGAACAUCACGUCCAUACACAUAGAGAACUGGACAGGAUUGCAGAUUCUUAAGGAUGUCGACAUGGAAUUGUACACAGGACUCCAGAGACUGACAAUAAUAAACUGCAGUUUACGGACAAUCCAGGCACGUGCAUUUGCGCAGAACCCUCACCUGCGCUACAUAAACUUGUCCAAGAACCCUCUGACAACACUCUCUUGGCAGCUUUUUCAGCACCUUCAGCUGGUCGAACUGUAA